AUCACCCUGACUCUAAGCACCUUUCAUCCCUGGGCAUCUUAAGACUCCAGGACAGGUGAAAGAACCGAGAAAUAUGAGCCCGACCACGGUCCUGGAAGAAGCCAUCAGAGAUGCCCACGAGUGUGAUGACGAGAUUCAGCUCUACAACGAGCAGAUCGACACCCUGUGGAAGGAGAUUGAAGAGGUGGAGAGGAGCCUGGAGAGGUCAUCCUACAACUGCCGGCACCUGGUGGUCGCCCAGCAGACCCUGAGGAACGAGUUGGACCGGUAUCAUCGCGUCAUCGAGAAUGAAGGCAACAGAUCUCACCAGGGCUGUGCAGGAUAUAACUGCAGUGAAAGCAAGACGCAAAGGCCUUCCCAAGAAACUUCCGAGGAAAAAGGAGAUGGUAGCGGAAGACAGAGCAGAUGAAAUUCUGGAAGACACCGCUGAGAGGUCCAGAGGACAUGAAGCCAGGGCGGGAGGUGCUCAAAGAAGAGGGUGAGUCUAAGCU